AUGGCUUAUACUGGACUGAAAGAGUUGAAAGCAUGGCUGCAAGAGUUGUUAGAUCAUAGAUUUAUUCGACUGAGACAUAGUUUACCUUUAGACCUCAAAGUGGAAUUCGCCAUUGAGUUUUACCCUUGUAGUUUGCCAUUGUCCAUCACAUCGAAUCAUAUAGCACCAAAGGAGCUUAAGGAACUAAAGAUACAACUUCAGAAGUUGCUUGACAGAGAGGUAAAAUAUCUAUGCUUUUACGGAAAAUGUCUUACCGAUUUUUUUUUCUGUAAGAGAUUUUCCAACUCUCACCAAUCUUUCUUAGCAGUUCUUCUUAUCUUCCUUCUUCUUCAUCCAGGGCUGCUGUUUCAUUUCGCUCAAAUCUUCCUCUUCGCAAGGUCUUGGCUUAAGGAUUAUUGCAAUUGUGAGAGCCUCACCACGACUUUCUUCUUCUCCCACCUCCAUCAAUUUUCUAACACCAAAUCACUUACGCAGGCAUUGACUCGUGCUAGGGUCCCCAUAGUAAAGCUUAUGGAUCCAGUGACUAGAAUUUCCUGUGACAUAUGCGUAAACAAUCUUUUUGCUGUAGUAAAUACAAGGCUUCUACGAGAUUAUGCAAAGAUCGAUGUAAGAUUACAGCAGUUGGCUUUUAUUGUGAAACACUGGGCCAAGACCAGAGGAGUGAAUGCAAGGCCAAGACCAGAGGAGUGAAUGCAACUUACCAAAGAAUUCUAUCUAGCUACGCCAACGUAGACCUGCUAUCCUCCCAUGCUUGCAGGUGUGUAUGCUUUUUGCUUCCCAUAUCAAUUUUUGUUUUUAAUUAGUAUUUGGAUUUUGCCCUACCUUUGCUACAACAUUGUUGGUGUGGGCAUUCUUUCACUAUUGGCAUAUAUUCAUGAUUAUGCAAAUUCAGUAAUAUCUGUACGCACAGGAAGCUUGAUCAGGUGAGAUGCAAACUAUUAUCUUUCAGGAAUGCUCAUAAAGUUCGAGGUGAAAAUAUAAAAUGUUUUCAUGGUUUCUGAACUUAUAAGUACAAGUUAAAAUUCAUGUAUCUGGUUUUGUUUUAAAUACUUUAUUUGGGUAUUAGUUGCAUCUUGUGGUGAAUGAAUUAAAAUAUUAACAGAUCCCAUUUACUGUAGUAAGUUUUGAGCAGGGAGAAACAUGAGUGCACUCUUUUAGAAUGGCUUGUAAUUUGCAAAUGGUCAAUAGAUGCUAUAUUUGGUUUUGCAUAAACCGAGGACUAAAUAGUUGUAGGUGGGGAUAAAAUAAAUGAAUUCUACGAAACAAAAUCAUUUUUAAUUUGAUGACUCCAUUUGUGCAAUAAGGGAGAAAACGACUGGACAAGAAGAAUUGGCAAUGAUUGUCAUUUAAUCUGCAUAGAGGAUUUGUUUGUGGUAUCUCAUGACCUUGGUCGAGUGGUGGACAAGUUCAGCAUUAAAAUUCUAAGAGAAGAGUUUGAUCGAGCGAUUGAUGUAAUGUAGUAUGAUCCAAAUCCUUGGAUAAUACUCUUUGAACCUUACGUCAUUGGGUAAUAAAACAUUGUCCAAGUGUGUUAGAAAAUCAAUGGUUAAAGCUAUUUGGUUGGUUUUUAUAGUCGGUGUGCUUUGCGUCCCCAUAAUCUUCAAUUUUGUCCUUUUGAGUUCACAUCCAUUUUAAAGAAGUUUAAGCUUAUUAUAUGUAAUCAAGGAAAUAAAUUUCCAAACAUUUUAUGGAUGGAUGUUAAACAAGUUGUAAUUAAUUGAUUGAUAAUGUAUACAAUUCCUGUAUGAUCCAAACAUAUUCAUAUCAAA